UAAAACGCGUACCUUCCCUAACAAAAGUUAAUACAAACAGGCACUAACAACUUUAUGCUAGAAGUGUUCGGUAAUGCAAAUGGCUUCAGGCUAUGUUUAUAACAAAAGCGGUCAGCUGAAAAGGAAGUUAAAAAUAAUUAGAAUGGAGAAUUUAACUGAAGAGCUCAUUGUCAUUACAAAACCACCCGUCAAACUAGAUGCACAAUGGCAAAUAUAUUUGCAUACGUAAUAUCACUUACUUCCAUCCGAGCAAGUGUCAACACUAAGUCAACUUGAGAUAUUCCCGAUCCUAAUGAUGACUACCCCAAGCGUUGAUGUGGUACUAAAAAUAAUCCCAACCAAUGUAGCAGUCGAACUGAAAAUGUACGCUGAAAAGCAUAGCUUACACUGCGCGAAAAUACGCCGAGGGAAACAGAUAACAGAAGCAGAUGCCGACUUAAGUGAAGCACGCACUCGCAUUGCCUUUUUCAAAGAGAAAUGCAAGGGCUGGUUAUCAGACAAAUCUUGCCUACAAAUCGAGAAAAUGCUUGAGUAUGCCGGUUGGCAUGCGGCAGACACCAAGAAAAGCGACACUUGCUGGCGACGUGGAAGUCGAAAAGGUUACGAGAACGACGCUAGUAUCAACAAAAGGUUACUAGAACAGCAUUACCAAAAUGUCGUCAAGGAAAAAGAGAUAUCGGAAACUUUGGCGGCAAACGUAAGAGAUAUGGGCUGGGCUGCUGCUUGGUUUGCUGUCAAUACAAUCUUUGGUCACCAGGAAGAAGCAAAACGCCAGAAAGAAAAGUUGGAUUUACAUUUCGACAAGAUACACGGAGAAAUCCAUGUGGCUGAAAUUCUCUCGCAGAGACCACAAAUAGAUAAUGAUGAUAAUGCGACAUUUGGCGAUAUCGAGCCACUCGAAAUACUUCCUCAGGAUGUCGCGGAGGAAUUAAAACAGUACGCUGAAAAGGCAGCCUGGAGCUGUUCUAAAAGAUGCUUCGGCGGUCGUGGAGAGGCAGAUGCCCACAAAAUUGAAGCGACGGACCACUUCCACUCCUUUAGAAAGAAAUGCAACGGGUUGUUAUCAGACAGGUCAUGCGAAGAUAUCAGGUCAAUGAUUAAGAAUGUCGCUUCGUACGUAACAAACAAAACCAUUAGUAAAAAGCGUUGGUGGAUUACUAAGCGCAACCAGUACAAAGCGUAUGCUGUCAGUUGCGAGGGAAAAUUUCAUGCGAAGAACCAAGACAUCGUCAACAGAGGAGAAAUAUCUCAAACGUUAGCUACAUACUUGUUAGAACUUGGCCGGAACGCAGCACUGCUCGCUACACACACCAUCGUUGGACGCCAUGACGAUGCAAAGCGCGAUCAAGCAAAUUUGGCCUGGUAUUUCAACAAAAUACAUGGAGAAAUUAACCUAGUCGCUAUGAAUUUCAUCCUGGACGAGGCCAAAAUCUUGUCGCAGACGCCAAAAGUAGUAUCUAAAAGAAACCUGGUGAACAACAGUGAUGUAGAUCAAGCCAUGACGUUUAGCUUCUCCAUGACUGAAGGAAAAACCCAUUCUACUUCACAUACUAUCGGCUUCAGAUAUGGCAUCAACUCGAGUUUUAAGGCGGGCUUCUCCGGAUUUGGCGAGGUGAACUUCGAGCUUUCUUUUAGUUUCUCGCACAGCCAUACUUUUGAACAGUCUACAAGGACUGGUACCACCAAGUCGGUUGAAUUCCCGCUGUCAGUUCCCGCACAUUCCACUUACGUUGCUACCGGGAUGGUGUCUGAAGCCGAAAUGGAAAUCCCUUACGAGCUGGUGUUCGACUUUGGUGGUGCACACAGAAAACUAAGAGGACACUGGAAAGGAAUUGCAUGCAGCAAGGCUGAGUAUCAAGUCGAUCGUUUACCAGGACCACGGCCAGCUGAGGAAAAUGAUGUAGAAUGAAGUCCGCAGUCCAGUCCAAUUCCAGUCCAAUUCCAGUCCAAUUCCAGUCCAAUUCCAGUCCAAUUCCAGUCCAAUUCCAGUCCAAUUCCAGUCCAAUUCCAGUCCAAUUCCAGUCCUUUUCUUAUCUUAUGUCAGCUUUGAAACGCAUUUGUGCACAUCGAAAUUAAGAGAAGGUUUGUCUUGAAUAACUUUCUUGUUUGUAAGUCUUAUUUGGUUCUUCUUCUGUCCUGAGUCAGCUAUAUAUGAUCAUAUUGCCUUCAACCCACCGAUUUCUGAGACGCCGGGGUACACAAGCGAAAAUCCUAGGGAGGGCGAUCAUUUCGCGUGAGAGCAGCAAGACUUUGCAACUCCGUUCCAUAUUUUUUAAAGAAAAGGGAAAGUGUACAUAGUUUUUAAAAGGGCUUGAUUGAUUUUUAUACGUCUAGUAUUAAAGACAUUCAUCAUUUUACAGUUUUUUUAAUUUGUACGGUUUUAAUUUUUAAUAUUAUAAUGUAAUAUGAAUUUACCUUUUAGCUAAUCUUGCAUACAUUCUCGACUUUUAUUUACCAAUAGGUCCUUAAUAGAUUUUUAAUUAUUGUAUAUUUUAGAGGGCCACAAGUUUAUUAGUAGUAUAACUAUUAGGUGUUUUACCCUCUAUAAAUAAAUAUUGAUUGAUUGAUUGAUUGUUUAACUGAUUGAUUGAUUGAUUGAUUGUA